AUGCUUUCGACCUCAACUGCCACAACCGAAGACAAGGCUAACGGCAUUCUCGCAGUGUGCGGGCUAUGCAGGAGACAAUUCGCGAAAUAUACGUGUCCUUCGUGCAAUGUGCCGUACUGUUCGUUGACCUGUUUUCGAUCUGACUCCCAUGGCCAAUGCUCCGAAGGUUUUUACCGGAAGGAGGUGGAGACAGACAUCCAAUCGGAGCCUUCGAAGACGGCUGAAGAGAGGCGCAGGAUGAUGGAUUUGUUGAAGAAGUUCGAGGAGGAUAGUUUGAAGCAGGACGAUGGGGAUGGGGACGAUAGUGAUGGAGAUGGGAGCGACGACGAGACGAACGAAUUAUCAAAACGUCUGCGUGAUUCGACAUUGCCGGACGAUCUAUGGACGCUCCUCACACCCUCGCAACAACAGAAAUUCCUGAAGGCACUCCAAGACCCCUCGAGCGAACUCGCACAACAACUCCUCGCGAGUGAGCAGAUCGAGAAGGAUACGGUCUUACCUUGGUGGAACGACCACAAUCAUGGCUUUCUUGAACCCGACGGAGAACACGAGACUGAACUCAAGGAUUCGCCUCGGUACGGAAAGGACCCACGCCCGAUGCCAAUUCCUACGCGUCUGGUUACACCAGUCGAGGGCGGGCCUUCGUUGGUAUACAACAUCGUAGCUGUCCUCAUCACUUAUGCCUACACAACCCGCUGCUUCGCCGUAUCUCCACUCUCCUCCAUCUCGCCCCACUCUCCCGAUGUCCUCGAGGCGCAACGGACAAUCGCACGGGUAACACCGUUCCUUGUUGAAAGGCGGGCAACUGCGGUGUUCGGGAGCGUGGGGGAGGUGGUGACGGACAUUUGGGCAAGGCUUGGGCAGGGUAAUAAUGAUAAUAACGAAGCCAUGAGUGUGUUCCUGGGGGACGCGGCGGAGCUUCUGCGGCCUCUGCCCGUCGUGCCAUUGCCACCCUUGCCAUUGUUAUCUUCUCCUCAAGACCCGGACCCGGACCCCUCAUACGAUUACAACGCGCACCCACACCGCCGGUCUGUUCUCGCGCUGUCAGACCUGUACCAUCUAUAUUCCUUUCCAUCUUCCACUCUACGCGGACCCACGAAAGUGAACCCAACAACGCAGAAGCUCGUCUUCUACGGCGCCCGAAUGCUCGUGCUGCCCUCCCAUGUGCUGUCCAUAGUUGCGCAGGAGUUACUGGCAUAUAUCGAGCUGAUGAAGAGGGAGCGCUCCGUGCAAGCGUCUGAGUCCGCUUCGGGGGGUACCUCGACGGUAGUUAGGGUGGGGGCGGGAAGUAGCAAACCUUUGGUUGAGGAACUUUAG